GUGCUCCCUCUGUUUGGGAGGAUGGUGUGAUGAACAGUGUCUUUGAUCUCUCUGCCAGCCCACAACGAAACACAGCUCAGCGUGGCAGGAACUGCAACCGGUCACUGGGCCGCAAGUCACAGAGCAGAGACACCGAUGAGUCCCAGAUGCUGGACUGUGAUCGAAUUCUGCACGGGGUAAAGGGUGGAAGGAUUUUCUGCAGCGAAUCCUCACAACCAGUCUGUGGCACUGAUGGGAAAACAUACAAAAAUGAAUGUGACUUGUGUUCAGCUGCCAUGAGAGCUUCAAACUUCAUCACGUUAAACUAUCAAGGCGAGUGCCGAGAGCCUGCCCCUGAAUUGGAGUAAUGGAGUUCUGUCUGCCAGCAAACACCAGGGAUCACCUGUGACCAAAGGGCAAGUAAAGGAAGAGUCGAUGUUGAUCAUCAGGGGAGCUGCCAAGUCCCCAGGACUGCCAGAGCUGCCUUCAACCCCUUCUGCAGCAAACGGGGCCCGUCCUUGCUCAGGUGGAGGGCGAAAGGCUGUGGGGACUCCGUGGUGUCUUCCCAGGUCUGCCCUGUGCAUGCCGUUGCAGUCUCUGCCGCCUCGCUGUGUCUUAACGUGCUUCUACAAUAAAGAUAACUCACCAGCUUCAUGUCACUUUUCUUCACUAAGCCUUAUGGGAGGGGCACAAGAGUCCCCACUCCGGCUUUACACCACGUGCUCCUUAGGCAAUAAGCACCCAGAGGUGCACCAGCUGCUGUAAAUACCUGGCGAAGAUGUUGGACCCAAGGAGGAAGAGCGUGGUCCAGGGUUUUGUGAGGAGGGACCAGGGGUCAGGUUCCCUCUGACUCAUUACGGGGUCUUGGGCCAAUCACUUCACUGCCCUAUCAGCCCUUUUC